AAGACAAACUGAAUCCGGUAUAUGACGUCUACGCCUAGCCUAAGAUACUCGAUUACUUACAUCAAAAUCAAAUCAAUAGUUCUAAACUUUGAAGUUUUGAAGCCAAGCGUGAGUUUAUGUGUGAUGUAUAGGUUCAUUUUGUUUACGAAUCAGUGAAAUUAUCUUUAGAUUAUAGACUUAAAUUCAUACAACAUGGUAACCAUUCUAAACUCGGUUGACACUGGACACGAAGAUUUAAUACAUGAUGCAGAAAUGGAUUAUUAUGGACUUCGUCUAGCAACCUGCUCUUCUGACAGUUCUGUUAAAAUAUACAAUUUGAAAAACGGAACCCAGAGUUUAAUUGCCGACCUUAAAGGCCACUACGGCCCAGUUUGGCAAGUUGCUUGGGCUCAUCCAAAAUUUGGAAAUUUUCUAGCUUCUUGCUCUUAUGACAGAAAAGUCAUAAUUUGGAAAGAAAAUGGACCUGGAGAUUGGGUCAAGUUUUAUGAGUACAAUAAUCAUGACUCUUCAGUUAACUCAAUUGCUUGGGCCCCACAUGAAUAUGGACUUCUGUUGGCCUGCGGUAGUUCAGAUGCAACAAUUUCAAUCUUGUCUUGCUCUCCAGAUGGUUCAGCUUGGGAGUCUAAGAAAAUACCUAAUGCACAUACUACUGGAUGCAAUGCAGUUAGUUGGGCCCCAGUAACAUCAACCUUACCAGGUUCAGAUCCUACUAAAGCAACACCUACAAAAAGAUUAGUUAGUGGUGGGUGUGAUAAUAUGGUAAAAAUAUGGAAAGAAGAUGGUGACCGAUGGAUUGAGGAGUCAAAACUAGAAGCUCAUUCAGACUGGGUAAGGGAUGUAGCGUGGGCACCUUCCAUAGGAUUGCCACGCAGUACCAUUGCAAGUUGUUCUCAAGAUCGAAGAGUUGUUAUCUGGACAAGUGAAGAUAACAUUAACUGGGCUUCAACGAUCCUACACACUUUUGAUGAUGUUGUUUGGAACGUCAGUUGGUCUCUAACAGGCAAUGUCCUUGCAGUCUCAGGUGGAGAUAACAAAGUUAGUUUAUGGAGAGAAAAUAAUGAAGGACAAUGGAUAUGUAUCAGCGAAGUAUCCAAAGGACAAGGGCAAAUGGCAGGCAGCGAACAAAGGGCUCUGUAAAAGGUGAAUCAUUGGGAUCCCUACUACAAUCACAGCUAUUUUCCUUUCAGAACCAAAAUUCUAGUUGAUCCUGUUCAAUAAAAAAAUGCAAGCAAAGAAGAUGAUUAAUGAAAACAGAGUUCAAUUAACAUUCAUAUAUUUUCUUUUAUUAAGUUAAUAUCUAGCCUAUAAGGAACAUCUUAUUGUAAAUAAUUCAACAUGGGGUGGAAAAAGUUUCACUGGAAAACUUUCUUGUGUAAUUACUAAUUAUAGGUCUGACACUGUUGUUUUUAUUUAGUAAAGAUCUGAAAGUAGGAAACAACCAAGGGUUCAUCAAUUAAUACUCUUUUUAAAUUUGAAUACAAUUGUUAAGAAGAUAUCUUAAAGUUUCAAUUAAGUUUUCCAGCUGUGUUUUCAACCCUAGCAUCCUUUCUUCUAUAAUUAAUAAAACAAGUUAACUAGCCUAGUGCUAAAAUAAAUCAAUUAUUAUUA